AUGCGUCAGAUGCCGCUCGCGAAAGACACGCUAAGCUCUGGGAGUGACCCUGGCAAACCUCCAUGCGUAAAAUGCCUCCGAGAGGGUGCCGAGUGUAUUCUCGCAGAUUCCCGCAGAGGUGGUGACUAUUCACAUCAUCGACGUCCCCGCCGAACCACGCACAGUAGACAACCAAUAGCAACACUUUCUGUGUUUUCGGGUGACCAUAUAUCACCACGACAAAACAACACCAACAAGGCCACAGAAGAUGGAGUUCACGAGAAACUGCAGAAUCCUAGUGAUGCUUUGCUCGUGCUUGCACAUGCAGCCGGCCAGCCUGAGGAUGCAGUCGGCUUAGAUGAUAAUCAGCAUGCACCUGACAAGUACAGAAGCCUUACAAACAGGACAAAGGUAACACUAUCAACAUCAUCAGUGCGAACAGCUCAACUUAGCAAUUCACUAUCAGAAUCAGUCAGCGAAACAACAGUCGAUGAUUACCCUCUAAUCAGUGAUGGGACUCUUGAUGCUAUCUCCCUUGUGCAGUUGUUACGACAUUAUGCGGAUAACUACCACCACUUCUUCCCUCUUGUCCCAACACACGUCUUGAGACCAGAGCACAUCCUCGACACAAUAAGAAACGAAUCAUUUCUCCUUACCUCCAUCCUCAUCGUUUCCUCAAAGGAUCGUACAGAUCUUGGAGAAACCCACAAGUCCAUCUGGGAGUACAUGAAAAGCCUUAUCCUGAAGGUAGUCCUAGGAAAGAAAUGUGUCCGCAAAGUCGGCACUGUCGAAGGUUUAUUGCUAAUGGGCGAAUGGACUCUGCACAGUCAAGACCAGGUUGAUGAUGGUGACGAAGCUUCUGCCUGGUCAAUUGUUGGUCUGGCUGUAAGACUCGCAUAUCUGCUACGCUUGGAAGAUAGUGGCUUUAAUAUUGACGAUGCCGAACUUGAGUCCAUUCAUAGGGAGAGACUUGUUUGGACCUUCACUUAUCUAUCAGACCGUCAAAUAUCAAUCCGAAUGGGACAAGCGUUCUGGUGCAGAGGUCCCGCUCUUUCAGCACGCUUCACUGCUCGAGACUUUCCAGCCUUACAGCCUACACGUUCUCGCGACGAGGACUUUGCUUCGCUCAUUCAAGCACAAGUUGAAUUGACGACUCUCUUUGGCAACGCCCACGACAUCCUUUUUGCGUCAAGGUCUAGGACCGCUGAACUCAUGAUACGAGGUGACUACACAAAAUACGUUGAUGAUACGACCAAGGCCAUGUAUGCUUGGCAGCAUGCCUGGACUUCUCUCGCUGUCUCCCCUCAUUUAAGAAGUUGUUUGAACCUCAUGCAAGAAUAUCUGCGUUUGUAUGUAAACGCCUUUGCCUUCCAAGCUGUCAUCUAUCGAGCUUCUGUCAACCGUGGUUCCCAUUCUGACCCUUCGGAUACCUCGCGUUCAAGGGUUUCCAAGAUAUUUCCGGACUCAGCGAUGGCGAGCCCUGAUGCGCGACACAUAUAUGAAGCCGCAGACGCUGCUGAGGCCUUGAUCAGAAUAGUUACAGAUGACAUUCAUCCCGAGAAGUAUAUACGCUAUAUGCCAACGCGCUUUUACCUUUACGAAAUUCACUCUUCCGUCUUCUUGUACAAAGCCCACGCCUGCGGUGCCAUCUCCUCUGGGAAACACGCCCACGUAACAAAUCUUAUGGAACGCUUUAUCUCAGUUCUGAAAGCUGCUGCUGUCGAUGACAACCAUAUGGCAGCGGCAUAUGCGAAACUUCUUGAGAGAUUAUGGUUUAGACGAGUCAAUGGCUUGUUAAUGAGCAAUGAAUCUAUGAACAAUAAUCCCGAGCUGGGACUAGGAGAUCAGGAGGUGACAGAUCCAUUACCGACGCUGGCAACGAAUAGUACCAUGUCUCAAAUGUCGUUUCUUGACGAUUUUGGCCUUCAACCGCUUGAGUGCACCGAUAUGAUGGAUGGGCUAUUUUCAAUGCCAUUUAUUGCCUCGUGGGACCCUACAACUUUUCCAAAUAUCAUAGCUUAA